AUGACUCUCUGGAGCUCCUACCGCGGCCUCAGCCCCAAGACUCGGGCACUUUUCGGAAUUGGUGUGAUGGCUUGGGCAGGUAUCGGACUCUGGACUGAGUCAAAAGUCGAGAGCGCGCUCGGUAUGCAGCCCACAAAGGAAGAGCAGGAAGCGCUGGAUCGCCAGAUGGCGGUUCGUAUCUCGCGCGUUGGGGGAGACGAGUCGACGGAGAGCCAGGAGAAAUAA